AUGUAUCGCACACCGAAUCUAAACCAUCCGCCGUCUCAUAAGCGCAAAGCUGAUCAUCGCUCUCCUGAAGAUGGCCAGAUUCAGAAGAAGAGACGUUCUGAGGAUCGACCUUCGUCUAACGGAGGACUUCCGCAGGAACUGCCUCCUCUUCCCUCAAUCUCACGACAGUAUGAGAAGGCCGUUUUCACUCACGCCAGCACAGCAGCUCAGACAGAACACUCAGUCAACUAUGAAAGACUCGAGUUUCUGGGUGACGCCCAACUCGAACAUAUUGCGAGCGUCAUCAUUUUCGAAAGAUUCCAAACCUCCACUCCAGGCAAAAUGUCCUCGAUCAGAGAAGCCUUGGUCAACAACGAGUCCCUGGCCAAGUUCACAAGAGCUUACGGUCUAGACCAGCGGCUUAAGAUUAGUGUGGGAGACUAUCAACCAAGAGAAUGGAAUAAGAUUCAUGGUGAUUUGUUCGAGGCUUAUGUUGCUGCUGUUAUUCUUUCCGAAGUCGACCCUCAUGUCGGUUUCGACACGGCCACAAGAUGGUUGUCUCAGCUCUGGGAGCCUACCUUGAAGCAGCUGGGUCUAAAAAUAAUGGCUCCUCGGGACAUCUUGAGCAAAGAACAAUUGGCUAAAGCCGUUCUAGUCAAAGGUGCCAAGGUAUCCUAUGUAGACGAAAAAGAUCCUGUUAUGUUUAAAGCUCAAGGCAAGCAAACGUACUUUAUUGGAGCAUAUCUCACUGGCCUCGGCUACGAUAAUCAGCAUCUUGGUAGUGGACAAGGUGAAAGCAAGGCUGAAGCGGGCCAGAACGCUGCCAAAAACGCUUUGCUGAAUCCCAUGCUCGAAGACAUCAAAGCUAAGAGAGCGAAGUUCUUGGAGGAGAAGGAACGACAAGACAGAGUACAGGAAGAAAAGGAGAAAGUCGAAGAGGCAAAGAAAAAGGAGGAAAGAGACAAGAAGAAUGCUGAGAUGGAGAAGAAAAAGCAAGAGAAGGCCAGAAGAGAGCAAGCAAAACCUGAGCUUGAUGACUUGGCAGGUUCUCACAAGUCCCCCAAAUAA